CUUAGCAACGUCACACCUUAGAAACGGUACUUCUCACAAAUGUGUGACCUACUGUUUCUGUAGGCUUUCGUCAAAGAAAGACAGGCUGGUGUGUCUGUAGUAGAGUAAGUUGAUAUUCAAAACCCCAAAAUGUCUGAAAUUAGCCUUAAUGAACCUGACUACAAUCCGAGCCCGAAGGAACAAGAAUUUCUGAAAGCAAAAUCGUAUCUUUUGACAGCAAGCACCAAAACUGGAAUCAAUCUGUAUGAUCACCUAUCAAGUUUAUUGACACGCAUGCUUGAUGAACGACCAGAAAAUGCAGUGGACAUUUUUGAAGAUCUAAGCAGAGAUAUAAAGAAAUCAAAGUUUACAUAUGAUGCUGAUACAGUGCAGGAUAAAAUCGAUAAAUCAACAGAAGUUGCCUUGGCACAGAUACAACGGAAAUUGUUUUCUAAAGGUGAAGGUGAAGAAGAAGAGGCAGCACAAGAUGAAGAUGUUGAAACCCCACUGCCCAACCUUAUGGAGCUUUGCUUCUACUUUGAACAAGCAAGCAUUGGGCUUAAUCGUGAAGAGAUGAUCCGUGUGUGGCUUGCGCUCAAAACUCUUGUUGACACCCGCCCACUGCAGCAUGUGCGAUUCUGGGGCAAAAUCCUGGGCACAGAGCAGAAUUACUAUGUGGCUGAAGUGGAAUAUAGAGAAGGAGAUGAAGAAGAAGAAGAGGAGGAGGCUGAGGAACUUGCAGAAGAAGAUGUUACUGAAAAGGAAGGAGACGAUGAAGAGGGUGAAGAGGAGCAUGAGGAAGAUGAUACACCAAAGCCUGUUUUCAAACUGCCACCAGUUGUACCUAAGGAGGACAACCGCGUUGGUGCUAACAAGAAAACUUACUUCGUGUGCAAUGACCCUGGCAAAGCAUGGGUGAAACUUCCCCAUGUCACUCCAGCACAAAUAUCUGGAGCUCGCAGCAUAAAAAAGUUCUUCACCGGCCGCCUAGAAGCUCCAGUUAUUACGAACCCUCCAUUUCCCGGCAAUGAGGCCAACUAUCUGCGAGCACAGAUUGCCCGUAUUAGUGCUGGUACGCACAUUUCACCUCUUGGCUUCUACCAGUUUGAUGAGGAGGAGGAGGAAGAAGAAGAGGGUGGAGGUCGAGAUCAUUUUGUAAACAAUAUUGACUUUGAAGGCAUUCCAGUUAAUGAUCUUUGUGAUCCAAGUUUGGGAAACUGGGUUCAUCAUGUCCAGCACAUUCUUCCCCAGGGACGGUGCAGUUGGUGGAACCCUGUGCAAAAGAACGAAGAAGACUUUGAGGAAGAUGAAGAAGAAGAGGAGAAAGAAGAGCCUGAUGAGCCAGAGCCAGAAGUGGGGCCACCAUUACUGACACCUCUGGCAGAGGAUGAGGAGGUCUAUGGCCUGCCAGCUUGGACCACUUGUCUAUCAUCAAAGCUUGUCCCACAGUAUGCUAUUGCUGUUGUUCAUUCCAACCUUUGGCCUGGAGCACAUGCCUUUGGUUUUGAAAAAAAAUUUGAGAAUGUGUAUGUUGGAUGGGGUCACAAAUACUCAAAGGAAAACUACAGCCCACCAGCACCCCUACCCAUCCAGGGGGAGUUUCCAAGUGGUCCCGAGAUCACUGAGGCUGAUGACCCCACCCCUGAAGAGGAAGCAGCUUUGCGUGCAGCACAACAGGAAGCAGCAGAGGCAGCAGAGGAAAUGGAGGAAGGGGAGGAUGAAGAAGAAGAAAAUGAUUAGAUCAAUUCAAAUAACUCCUUUAAUUUCAUUGUGUCAAAUAUAAAAAAAUAUGAGAAAAGAGCUACUGAAAAUUACCAUUGCAAUAUCACUGUCGAAGUUAGUAAGUUGUAUAUUAAAGACAAAGGAAAAAAAAACAACAUUAAAAGCAGUAAAGGCCUAGUGAGCUACAGAAUGUGCCUAUGUAUUGUAUGUUUAUUGCUCAUUUUGUUCUUCAUUGGUGUGUGUCAUUUUCAUAUUUCAGUUUUCUUUUUAGUUUUUCUUUUACUUUUGUAUCAUGUUUUAGGGAUCUUUUUAUUUAAUAUCUUGGCACUGGAGGCAGACGUAAUUUACAAAGAUGCAUCUGAUUGUGUUUUUUAAGAUCAAUAAAGGGGACCUUGUGACAUUAAAUGCAUAAUAAAUUUUCAGUCUCAGCUCCAAGACAGCAUUCAACUUUCAAAAAAUGGUUUAGCCACUGUUUCACACGUGGCUCAAAAAUCUGUGAUAAAACAUUUAGUAAUUGUGCAUUGUUUGAGGGUUCAAAAGUCCUCAAACUUAUCCUACUCCUGCAGUAUCAUGGAGAGACAGUGAUGAUGAAAGGAAUUGCAAUCAACUUCAGAUUAUGCAUGAAUCAUGCUGUAUCAUUUUAGGACUUCUUACUUAAUAGGUCAGCAAAGAGUGAGGCAUUAUGGUCAAAGAUGAAAAUAAGUACCAAUCUAAUACCUGGCAGGUGAGCUGAACCAUUAACUAUGUAAGCUUAAUCUUAUCACAUCUGUCCUGUUACUGGCACUUCUUAAAAAAAAUUCAAAGUGUAUGAAAAAACCCCACACCUUUUGAAAGCAAUUUACUGUAAGAAAAAUUUUCUUCUCACAUGUUAAUGAGAGUGAAUUUUAUUAAAUGACUAAACUGGAGAUGUGUUUCAGAAAACAUGAUUCAUUCGUUUCUGAGUUCAGCCUUCUAUGGAUGAGCAUCAGUAAACUUAAUGUGCCUUUUUCAGUCAGCUGUUCCAGUAGACCUAUCUUAUUCUGAAUGCUGUGGUGACAUCAGUUUUAAAUCAUAUACCACAUUAUAUGUAAGCUUAUGAUCAUCACCGCAAAGGAUAACAAAAUGUUGUAUUACUGAACAGUAACGUCAUGAGAUUAAAGUCAUAUUUCUUGUGCCA